CGUGCGCAUCUAACCUGUUACCCCUCGUGCAGGGGAGACGCCGAUGUGACGCGCUGACGUCAGCAGGUCUGUGACAGCACUUCCUGGAGCGGUGUUUGUUGUGGGAAAUAAUUACCACCGUGGAGUCGGACCUGGGAGAGGACAGGACGAACUGCAACCACCAGCCCGACCUCCGAGCAUGUGUCCGCGGCAUCAGCUGCGACGGGCGGGGAAGUGACGGCCGGGACCGAGGAGGGGGACGCGGGGGAUAUCCACGGACUUGACAGCCCCUGCAGAGCCGAGGCGAGCCGAGCCGAGCGGAGCCGCCGACAGCCUCGGAGCUGUCGCGAUGUUGUAGCCCAAACCAUGGACAGCAGAAUAAAGGAGAGCCCAGAGAGAACAUUUGAUCUGGUUGUGCAGGUGUCGUGUCCAGCAUCCGAGCAUGAAGAUCCAACCGUGCUGUGGAGCUUCCCCCAGGACCACACAGACCAGGAGGUCCUUCAGACGAUACCAAAGUUCUGCUUUCCCUUUGACGUGGAAAGGGUUAACCAGAGUCAGGUGGGGCAGAACUUCACCUUUGUGCUGACGGACAUCGACGGCAAGCAGAGAUUUGGUUUUUGUCGUCUCACUCAAGGCUGCCGGAUCUGCAUAUGUCUGCUCAGUUAUAUACCAUGGUUUGAAAUCUACUACAAGCUGCUAAACACCCUGUCAGAUUACCUAAUGAAACAACAGGAAAAUGACUUGAACGACAUGCUGAAUUCUCUCUAUGAUCUGCCUGUGCCAAAGCCCUUCACGCCAGUCAACCUGAGUGUGAAUGAGCAGUUGUAUAUUGCCACUGGGCAAGUACUGAGAGAUCGGGGAAGCAAGGAGAUGCACUCCUACUUCAUUGCCCCGGAUAUCAAUGGACUGCCAACGAUCCCUGAGAGUAGGAACCUGACAGAGUAUUUUGUGGCUGUGGAUGUCAACAACAUGCUCCAGCUCUACGCCAGUAUGCUGCACGAACGACGCAUCAUCAUUACCUCAAGCAAGCUUAGCACUUUAACUGCAUGUGUCCACGGUGCGGCUGCUAUGCUCUUUCCCAUGUACUGGCAGCACAUCUUCAUCCCUGUGCUGCCCCCGCAUCUUCUGGACUACUGCUGUGCCCCCAUGCCAUACUUCGUGGGAGUUCAUCUGAGUCUGCUCGAGAGAGUACGCAGUCGAUCACUGGAGGAUGUGGUUAUUCUGAAUGUGGAUACCAACACCCUGGAGAGUCCAUUUGAUGACUUGCACAACCUGCCCAGUGAUGUGAUGUCCUCUCUGAAGAGCAAGCUGAAGAAGCAGUCGACGGCAACAGGAAGUGGUGUGGCGAGGUCCUUCAUGAGAGCGCAGGCCGCUCUGUUCGGAUGCUACCGAGACGCCCUGAGAUAUAAACCAGGGGAGCCUAUCACUUUCUGUGAGGAGAGCUUUGCGAACCACCGCUCGAGCACCAUGAGGAACUUCCUGUCCAUGGCUGUCAACCUGCAGCUCUUCAAACAGUUCAUCGACGGACGGCUGGCCAAAUUGAACGCAGGCCGUGGCUUCACCGACGUGUUUGAAGAGGAGAUCACAGAGGGGGGCUUCUGUGGAAGUAAUUCAAGGUCUUAUCAGCAAUGGAUGCACACCGUGAAGAGAGGAGGAGCACUCCUCAACACGGCCGUGACAAAGGCCAAGAGUCAUGCCAAGAGGGGCAUCCGGGACAUUAAGGGCAGACUAAAAGCAAGGGAAGAGGAAGAAGAGGGGAUGCCGGUCUGUGCGGGGUCUCCCACCAGCACCAAGAGCCUGUCUCCAAGGAGACUGCAGAAGAUAAGACGGCAGAACCUCAGAAAGUCUCCCAUGAGCAUGGACCCCAGAGAUCUUGGCUACGGGCUCGAUGAUGAUGAGCUGGACAGUGCGAGCAAGCUCUCCUCAGAAGACAGCGGGGACGUCCCUUCCUACACAGAGGACAGCGACGACUCGUACUCGCUGGAGCUGGACAUCGACCCUUCCCGCUCGGGCCAGAUGAACCUGCUGGAGGAAAUCCUGGACUCUCUGAACACCUCGGGGCUGGACCAAGGCAAACUCAGUGCUGCCAAGAGCCUGGACUUCUUCAGGUCCAUGGAUGAGUUAGACUACAAGACCCCGACCAAACCAACCCCUGAGUCGAACCCUGCAGAUGAAAGUGGUUGUGCUGGUGACCAGAAUCAGGGCGGCUGGAAUAUGGGCCAGGACGACAGCGCCAUCCACGGAAAACACCUCCCUCCGUCUCCACGGAGACAGCCCAACAAGAGCAGCCUGAAGGUGUUGAAGAAGCCUGUAGUCGCUCCUCCAGUACCCGUCACCACUGUCACACCCCCAGCCCAAGCUGCUGACGUGUCCAGACCCUGGCCGAGUUCUCCUCACCUUUCACCUCCGGAACGACAUCCAGGACACCGCUUCUCCUACUCGCCCCUACUGCCCCACAAACCUACACCCACUCCGCCAUCUCCCACACUCUCUCACACUCACAGCUCUCUAGCACCAGAUUCUUACCUGGACUACUCUCCAGUGGGCCGGUCCCGGACCAUCUCAGACCCCCAGGCCUGCACGGAGUCUUCUCAGACCCUGAACCAGACUUCCUCCACUGGCAUCCUGAGGAGGAAGGUGCUGUCCAAGGAGAUGGUGAGGCAAUACCACGAAAAGGCCCUUCACCGGCAGGGCAGCAGGGUCUACCAGGAGGGCGAGGAGAGCCCAUCGAAGCACAGACAGUCAGCUCUGCCGGUCCCGUGGGAGAAAGAGGUGUCCAAAGAGGGGCUCCUGGGGCUGGGCCUGUGUCUGGGUGAGAGUCAAGGCUCUGGGGCGGCUGUGGUGCAGCAUCAAACCCUCCUUGAGGAGAUCGACGCCAGGUGUUGCCUCGGCUCCCUCCACACCAGCCUGCAGCUCUCCCAGGUUCACUGCAACAACAGUCACCACCAGGUCCAGGGCAAAGCCACAGAGGAGUCCUGAGGGACCUCAAAGACUCAGUGUCCGUAAAACGCCAUAGAAGUAUAUUCACUGUCAUCGUAGAGGACAUGAUCAGUUCAGAAGUUUUUCUAUCUCAACACCCAGCGAUCAGGAAACGUCACAAACAAACCUGAUGUCAUACAGGCAGCCACGAAGCGUUAGCUAAGAUGCUAAAAGGAAAACGAGAGUGAUGAGCUGGUGCACUGCACAAUUCUCCGUUUGUCGUCCAUCUUUGUUUUCAAAUGAUUCAAUUUGUAUUUCAGGUGAAAUAAUCUGACAUUGUUUCCAAGAUAAGUGGACAAACUUUUUACUUGUAUCUGGAAGCAAAAUAGAAAAAUGACAAAAAAAUAACUAAAACCCCAAAACUCAAAAUCUUUAAAAAACACUUAAUUAACAAUAGAAGAUUUUUCUUACAUCCAAAACAAGAUAAUUCGUUUUCUUUCAAGUGAUUUGGAUGCUACAGUAAGAAAAACUUCGGAGUUUAUAAAGAUUCUGGAAACAAGUGACGGCAGCAGGACAAAAACACAAAGUGAGACAUGCAGUGUUGUUAUUUCAGUUGGGUUUUAAGAAAGUACAAUUCUAUAAACUCAACUCCAAACAAAAGAGACAAGAUAGAUGUUUCUGCAUCACAGUAUUUUUGUUGAUAAUCGUCUACAUUUCUGAACGACACGUGUUGUAUUAUUCAUCUAGAAAACAUUUCACAAAGCAACACUCGACCCUUGAAUUAUAUUUUGCACAGAAUAUAUGUAGCCGACAGGUAAAGGAGGAAUUGUUCACAUUACGAAGAGGAAAUCCAGAAACGGCUGCGUCAGCAUUACGAGGGGCCGACGGCUCCUCAUGUUCCAAACAUUUCACAUGAUCAAAAUUUGCACUUGGUUAUCAACAAAUAAUACUCAGUUAUUACUUCGUGGUACGAAAAGUCAAACAGGAUUUUCUAGAAACAAAUGAAACUAAUGAUACACUGUGUAAUUUAAUAUGUUUUUUCUAUCACCAUGCCUUAAGUGGACAUGUGAUUUGUUUAUAAUACUCUGGUGUCUUAAUCUAUCUAUCGAUACCAAUACAGGUACUUUGUAAUCCGAUUACUUACAGAUCGUUAAUGCAACAGUUAGUAGUACUUAAACAGCACUGUGUGUAUCUGUAUUAAUAGAGUAGUUAAUAUAUGAUGUGCUUUAAGUUGCUGUUUUUAAAUUGCAUUCCCGAUCAUGAGCUGUGCACGUGGAGAAACCUCUCUCCUCUCCCUGCGUUCCUCAGGACACUUCUGCAAAUACACUCAAAGUUUAAAGCCGAUUCUUAUGAAAAAAAAGCCAAUAUCCUUCCUCCAUCUCCUCUUCUUCCUCUUUUCCCACCGUCGCCGCUCUGCUCCUCACGUUGUCUCUCACUCUCGACCUUUAGAACGGCCGCCAGUUGUUGCAGAGCUUGUGAGGUUUUGGAGCGGAGGUGGAAAAAGGUGAACUUUAUGCGAUACGACAGAUAAAACCAUACAUUCAUGUUAUUAUCUACAGAUCCCGUGGAAAGACCGAAACUAACGAUACAGAUUUUUCUCAGACCCCCCCCCCACCCUGUUUGUGGCCCACAGCCUCAAGCCCAUUUGUUCCUACUGAUGAUGUAAACUUUUAAAGUGGGUCACAAAUACUGAGUAAAGUUCUCAUUUUCAGUCUCAAAACAAGACGUAGCUUCUGUAGAGAAUAGAACUAAAUACAUUCAUCUGUAGAACUAAUUCAGCGUUGAUUUUGGGUUUUCUCACGGGAUUUGUUGACUUUUCCGAAGAAUCCAGAACCUCUCGUAUAACUUUUUUAUCGUCGCGUCUCACAUGAGGAAAUGCAAUCUCUGUCCCUCUAGGUCCGAGUCUCACACUGUAAUGCAACGCAGUGAUUGACGAUUGUGCUGUAAUGAAGCAAUACAGUUCUCCUCAGAGAGUAGCUACAUGGAUGUAAUGUGUACAGAGUCGAAACUAUUUCUAUAACAGACUCUCCUGUGGAGAGAAAACGCCAUGUCCGGAGAUUGUGGGUUCCCAUCGUUCUCUUGAGUCACCACAAAACCCAUGAUGGAAAAAAACGAAAGCCCUUUCAUGUGCUUGUGUUGGGAUUAUUACAUUUAUGGUUCGUUGUUCUUAUGAUUUAUGCCAGACGCCAGUCGGUGUGGCAGUUUAAUAGCAGCUAUUCCUCCACUUUUUGAGUGCUGCUCUGCGUUAACGAUUCGCCCAUAAAGUCUUUGGCGUGCUUCUAAAAGCCCAGGAAUCGGUCCUAGUAAUUCCGAAAAGAAAAAAAAAAAACUAGACUCCAGAACAAUCUCUGUACGGGCCUCACCUAUCGCAAACAAGCUUAUUUACUAUGCAAGUAUUUAAAAUGAUGAAAAUAUAGUAUUUUUUUCCACAUUAUAUUCUAUGAUUCUACUUGAAACCAACCAAAAUUUAUUUCUAGUGAGAAUAAACCUCACGUGUCCCUAAAUAAAUUCCCAGUGUGAGCUGAGGUGUGUCUAAUGGUGUGAGUGUGUGUUGUGCCUUAAACAGUCAGAGUACCAUCCUAUACAAUCACAACAAGGUACAGUAUGAUAGAAAGUAAUAUGCAAUGUUUUCCGACCACCUUAAAUCACACUAUGGAGCAUCUUCGUAUUUAUAUGACAAACCGACACAAAAACCCUGAUUUGGUUUGGUGAGGAAAUGACCUGGACUGAAGUCGGGUAGCAGCGUUGUUUGUGUAGCUGUUGUGUUUCUGACUUUCAGCUUCAGCUGCAGUUACUCCGUGUUUUUCUUUUUUUUGGUCCUGUGGGCGCUGGGAACUUCCUGUAUUGAAGAGAGGAUGUUGGAAUUUCUCUGGGUCAUUUUGUCCUUAUUUGUAAACGAAGUACUUUGAUUGAUUGUGAUAUUAAUACGUGUUUAGUUUGUGCUCUUCGUCUUUUUCAUCUCUUUUUAGUUUUUUAAAUACCCUGACUACUCAUUCUGAGCAAACUGUAUUAAAAAAAAAAAAAACAUUUCUCAGAGGAGUUUCUUUAGUUGAUUUCAUAUUGAUGAAAAAUUAUUUUCAACUGAAUAGAUUGUGUAUUUUUUCUGGCCUAAGUAUAUUUUACAUGAAUAAUAUAUGAUCGGUGUUAUAUGUUGUAAAGACAAAAUAUAAAUGACACCUAAUAUUUGAAUGUUUUAGAUUUUAUUUUUGGAGGAAAGAAACUAUAGAGAGAAUAUAAGAGAAAUGUCCCAUGUAGCCGUUCAGGUUCAGAAGCAUCUGACACCUUGACUGAGACUGAUGCUUGUACAUGGUACAACGCUUCCUGUUGUAUCUGCAUGUGUGUACCUGUUUGUGUUGUAACGCUAUGGUUUAGUUUAUUCUUUUGUUCUUAAUUAUUAUUUGAGCGGUUAGCGCUUCCAUCAAGUCAAUGGAAAUGAACAUUACACUUCUGCCUUGCUGUGGCUAUCGUAGAUUUUAACGUCAUCAAGCCUUUGCAUUUUAUGUGGAGGAAAACAUUUCUUUUUGUUAGCAGUAUAUUUAACUGUAGAGGUUUGUAGGGAGAAAUAAUUGAGCAGUGAGCUGCUGCUGCUGCUGCGGAUAUGAAAAGCUUUAGUAACUCUGGUCCUGUUUACACUCAUGUUGUACAACAGUGAAGUUGUGAUUGUCAGGGAAUUCGCAUUUCAAUGUGUGCAAGCUUGAGACAAUAAAAGAUUCCCAACACUCAUUAAAAGCUAUCAGUUAACAUAAAGUAAAGUUGAAAAUUUGAAGAGACGGAUGUGAGGGACUUUGAAGCAGCUUUUCUAAACUUACUACAGAGUGAAGAACAGGUUUAACAUCCCCGAAGCAAAAUAUUCAAGAACAGAUACUUUUAUUAUCGUAAAUCUGAAUGUUACAGUGAGAAACUUCUUUUUUUCAUUUCAGUCUUUUGUUUUUUUAUUAUUUUAUUAUCUCUUUUUUUAUGCCAUUUAAUUUGAUUCUCUGAUUCUGGCCACAAUUGCAUGUUUUCAUUGCAGAGAAAACAACCGUCUUAAACAACUGAGGUCAGUCUAAUGUGCUAUUGAUGAGUAACAUGGUACAACUGCACGUAAUGUAUGCACUGUGAACUGAAAAUAAAAUGACACUGUUUCAUU